AUGCCUUCUUCUUUUUCUAAUUCAACUUGUUCAACUCCAAAUAAUGAUACAAUCUAAAGUAUUUUGAAAAAUGAUGCUGUUCGAUAUGUCAGAAAAGGUUAUGGACUUUUCUUUGCUAUAUUAAUAUUUUUGACAUUUUUUUACUACGGACCAAUUAUAUUAUAUUAAAUAUGGCCUUAUUAUUUAUCUUUAUGUGAAAAGCAUCCUUUUUUUGAAAGAUACAGAGUUUGGCCUGAGAAAGAAUGGCCUUGGAAAUCUGACAAUGUAAAAUGGUAAAAAUGCUUAAGAAAAACAAUCAAAAACUUAUUCGUAAAUUAAGUCUUAGUAUCCUCAAUAGUUGGAUAUAUUGGUGUCUUUAUAUCUUAAAAUAAAUCUAAAACUUCCUUUGAAGAAUUCCCUGAUCAUAUUACGAUAAUAAAGCAUAUUUUAAUAAUGAUGAUAAUGGAAGAUUUUUCAUUUUAUUGGGCUCAUAGAUUCCUUCAUUUACCUUUUGUAUAUAUUUAUAUACAUAAAUAACAUCAUGAGUAUAACAAUUCAAUUUCUUUAUGCUCUGAAUAUGCAAAUCCUAUAGAAUUUGUACUUUCGAAUAUUUUCCCGACAUGUUUAGGGUAUCUUUUAUUAGGUGAAAAUGUACAUUUUGCAACCUAUUUAUUAUGGUUAGGUAUUAGAAUUUUCGAAACUAUAGAUGGGCAUUGCGGAUAUGAAUUUUCAUGGAGUCCUUAUAGGUUAUUACCCCUUUCUGGAUCAAGUGAAUUCCAUAAUUUUCAUCAUUCACAUAAUAUUGGAGCGUUUGGGUCUUUUUUUACUUAUUGGGAUACUAUUUGUGGAACUAAUAGGGAUUAUUUCGCUUAUAAAGCUAGAAAAGAAGGAUUAAAUUAGAAAAAAUUGGAAAAGAAAUUAUUAGAAUUAUAGAAAAAAAAACAAUGA